AUGCCGACACCGUUCCUAACGGACGAACACUGCAUCUCACUAUUUUGGGAGAAAGUUUCGCUCGACGCAAGGAGUAUCGAAAAUUAUGAUUCCUUCCAUGGGGGCUUCUACCAUGGUGAAGACAAAUCUACUUACUUCAAUUGCCGACAGGGAAUGCUUCUCUGCGAGGAGCAUUUUGACGAGGCGAACUUCAAACUCAUUUGCGAACAGACUGCCAGGAAAAUUCGCAUCCAUCCAGACUUCCACAAGCUUCCUCAAACAGCAACCAAUAAUUCAAAUAUUUGCUGCAUACUUAUGACUUCCGGCCCACACGAAUUCUGGGAAAGUGUCUUAGAGAGAGAAGGCCUCAGGGGGAAUAUUCAUGUUAUUGGUGGAACAAGAUUGAGCGAUGGCUUUGUCGUGACACAAUCCGAAAUGGCCAAGCUAGCAGCUGGGCUGAAGAACACGCACAACAUUCAGACAUGGGCUUUCGGCGAUGAAAGCGAUGUUCACAUGCUUUCGUAUGCAUAUUCAGCUGUUGUUGUCGUCACAGCGUUCAAAACAGAAUCAGAAGCCAAAAAAGCAGUGACGAAACACUGGGACAAUAUCGCCCUAUGA